AUGGCGCUGUUUUGCCCGACCUGCCACAACAUGCUGCUGCUGCGGCGAGACGCUGAAAUGGAGUUUUACUGCCGCACUUGUCCUUACAUUUACGCAAUCAAAAAAAAAGUUGCGCGAAAAAUAAUUCUAAGUCCGAAGAAGGUCGACGAGCCCAUUGGCGACGACUUGCAGGAAACCGGAGCCAGAAUACCCGCUGUGUGCCCCAGCUGCAGCCACCACGAAGCCUUUUUUUACCAAAUUCAAAUUCGCUCUUCGGACGAGCCCAUGACGACUUUCUACGCAUGCACGCAGUGCAGGUUCAGGUGGAGGGAGAACUGA